GUUUAAAUACACCUGCGGAUCAUCCCUUCCUUCAGUCACAACCCAGGACGAGGCUUAUCUGGACUAUUCAGCACACUUUUACCAUCAUGGAGGAGCAGCGGUAUCCCAUCAGUGUCCGCGUAAUUGGAGUGCUGCACAAGGAGAAGAACAAAAUGUACAUGACCUCCGUGCUUUGGUCGGACCAGAAUGAUAUUGUGGUUUACAGAACUUUUCAGGAUUUCAAGAAAAUGCAUAAACAAUUGAAGAAAGCAUUCCCGCCCGCAAAUAAACUGAAAAAAUCGGACAGAGUCAUCCCUAAAUUUCGAGACAGAAAGAUGAAGCGCGGACAGAAGAAGACCCCCACGAAGUCUCUACUGCGCCUCAAGUUCCUGCAGAAAUACUGCAAUGAACUUCUCAGCUGCAGCCCGCGGGUCUCUCAGUCUGCAGACCUCAUCAAGUUCUUCCACCCCAAAGACCAGGACCUGCAGCCGGAGUUCGCCAGAAACGGCAUCAUGAUCAUGCCAUCAGAAGAUCAGAUCACGGCCAACUCAGGACAGGUCAAUGGUGGUAACGUGACCCAGCCGUUUGUCACAGAGACAUACAGAUGCGUGGCCCCGUAUGAGACCAAAGACACAAACAACAAACCUUUCAAAGUGGCGGUGGACGAAAAAGUAGACGUGCUCAUCAAAGACAAAGCAGGGUGGUGGCUCGUGGAGAAUGAAAGCAAGAAGAUGGCCUGGUUUCCUGCACCCUACCUGGAGAAGAUAGAAGAUGAUUUUGACGAUGAAGAUGAUGUGGACGGGAUUCCUGAAGGAGGAAUGAUGUACACUGCAGUCAAGACCUACAAGGCCACCAAAAACGACGAGAUAAGCGUAAACAUUGGUACAGUGGUGGAGGUCCUGCAGAAGUCUGACAAUGGCUGGUGGAUCAUCAGACACAAUAGUAAAGUAGGUUACAUCCCUACCAUGUACCUGCAGCCCUACAACUAUCCUCAUAUCCGCAUGACAACAACACACUAUCCAGAUAGUCGCCCCACCUCCCCAAACCUGGAGAAGCAGUCUCACCAGUUCAGCCACUCACAAGGAAACCUGCUGCUGCUCCCAUCUGCCAGGUCACCCUCACCUAACCCACUCCAAGCAAACAGCAGGCAGAAAUCACGAUCUUUUAACACCCUGUCUGUGCAGCCUCCUGCACAGCCCGCAGCAAGAUCCCCCGCUGCCUCAGCUACCAGCAAUGCCACUACACGUGCAACUCCAUAUCAAGCCCCUCCACCCAGAAUCAUGGUGGGGAUGGAUGGGGACGAGGAGGAACAACGUGGAAGGAGCCUCACAGUGGAAAGCGAGGAAAGCCUCGGGAGCGACAGCACCGAUUUCAGCUUCAGCGACGACCUCAGUUCCUCCUCCGAGAGCUCGAACCUCAACCUGAGCCUCAGUGUCAAUGACGACCGGCUGCGUCUCAGCCGUACGCCUCCCUCCAUGAUGAACAACCGCCUGAGCCCCACAAGCAUCACAGAGGGCAAAAUGAUCCCCAGCAUCUCCGAUCCCAACCUCUACAAGGGCCCGACAACACCUAAGGUGCCACCCAGACCACGGCAACAAGAGAUCCUCACCCGGUGUUCCAGUAUCACCCGCAAGAACGCAUCCAAAGUUGCACUGUUACCCCCACAAACUGCAAUACUGAGCAAAUGAAGUUCCUAGUCAUACCAAUGUCAGCUUUAGUUUUAUUAUUAGGAUCUAUUCUGUGGAGGAUUACAACUGCUUGUGAACUUUUUGUAAUGAUUUAUAUUAAAAAAACAGAAGGAAUUAAAAAGUUAUUGCACCAGAUGUGCUGAAAAUGUUCAGAUAUGAAGCUAUGUCAACACUUUUGAAAUGUGUUAAUGUUGUCUUUGAAGAGGGCGUCACACUCAGUAAAAUCAGUACAUACAUGUUUAUGAUUAAUCACACACUCAUUCACACUUCUUUACUAUCUGUAUUAUCAUUUAUUUUCCAUACUGGAAACCUUGCAUUAUGCCUUAUAUGCAUUUUGACUGCCUGGACAGAGACCGAGUUCUGCUGCUUGUAAACAUUUGUCUGAGAUAGUGCCACUGUGUGUAAGAAUGUGUACAGACUGCUUUUUCCUGUUUACAGCCAACUCGACUUAAAGGAUAGGAUGUAAGUCUGACUAUGUGGCAAUGUGUAUUCACAUGUUACUGAAGAGCUUGGAACAAUUAAAGCAUUUUGGGGGAACGUAA